GCAUUUACGAAACUCCGUGUAUCACAAGUGUCGGAAACAUUAGUGUGGGUUUACAAAUCCCCCAUUAAAAUGUCAAACGGUUAAUACAUUAUGACAAACGUUAGCUGACUGGGAAAUGUCCGACAUAGUUACAUUACAAACCUGAGACAGGUUCAGCGUUAGCUAGACUGUUACCCAAACAAUUAUAACGUUACUAUAAACACAUACUAAGCUACAGAUAAUGAGCAGUUAGCUAGGUAUUGGUUUCGUUAACGAGUAAACGGGCGGAAAUAAAAAACGCUUGCAAAUGUUUUAGUUGUGUGUAACCUUCAGCCAGUAACUUUCCAGCUAACUAGAGCUGACGUCGGUUGAAACAUUUGUUUAAGUGAGUUAGCCUGUGUUUAAAUUUCCAGCCACAUCUAGCUAGCAUUAUAGGCUAACAAGUGAAAUCGCCACUCAGCUAAGGUAACGUUAUUGUAGCCCGCCGUCUAUUUUCUCUCUCUGUUAAAAUGUCUGUCGCUGUAUGCUUUUCUGUUUAGUUGGUGAUUGAGUGCUGCUGACACACAGUGAUCGCCAUCAUGAUGACAACCAAGAGACUUGACAAUUUUGAGGUGGUGUGUGAGUGGGCUUCGUGCAACUUCAAGGGCCACACCAUGGAGGAGCUGAGCGAUCAUAUGUCACUGCAUUUAAAUGACUACCUGGGAGACAACGAUGCCUUAGAAGAGCUGGAGGAGUAUGCUUGUCUCUGGAAUGGAUGUGAAUUUGUAUCCAUGGGUAGCCCUGUGGAGCUGGAGGUCCAUGCCUACUUCCACAACUACCACGGUAAGCUCAAGUUCGUUGGGUCACAGCUGCUCAAGUCCCGCCCUGAUCUGCCCAGCUGCAACCAAGGCUUGCACAGCAACAACCUGGUUCCUGAAGGAUCAGAUGGAUACGUUUGCCAGUGGGAGCAUUGUGAUAGUACAUUUAACAAUCCUGAGUGGUUCUACCGACAUGUGGACAAUCAUGUUGAAAGUGCUGAGCCGCAAUCUCUCCAACAACAUCAGCUGGCUCUCUUCUGCCCCUGGACAGGCUGCGAUGCUUUCUUCAAAAUCAGAUACCGUUUGAGAGAACACAUGCGGAGCCACACUCAGGAGAGACUUGUAGCGUGUCCUACAUGUGGCAGCAUGUUCUCCAGCAACACCAAGUUGUUUGACCACCUACACAGACAGGCUGAGCCAGUAGAGUCUCUGGUAUGUGAACAUUGUGGCAAAGCUUUUUCCAGCGAGAGGCUUUUGAGGGAUCACGUUCGUCAACAUGUGAAUCAGGUGAAGUGUCCCUUCUGUGACAUGACCUGCACCACUUUGGCAGCUCUGAAGAUCCACAUCAGGUUCCGCCACUGUGAUGAGCGGCCCUUCCCAUGUGACUUCUGCGACAAAAGAUUUAAGAACCAGCGCGAUCUACAAAAGCACACAGAGGUUCACAACGAAGGCACUGUGUAUCACUGUACAGUGGAGGGCUGUGAUUAUUCGUGUCACACAUUCCAAACCAUGAGCCACCACUACAAGAGAGUACACGAGGUCGGGGGGAUGUCCAAAUAUAAAUGCCAUAUCUGUGAUAAGGUCUUCUCCUGGUGUUACACUCUCACACUUCACCUUCGCAAGAAGCAUGAGCUGAAAUGGCCUUCUGGACAUUCCCGCUUUAGAUACAGGAAGGAUGUAGACGGCUUCCUAAAAGUAAACAUGGUGCGGUUUGAGACCGUGGAAGUGACGAAGGAGAUCAUGAAGAACAUGGCCAAAAAGCCACAAAGCCUUCGGAAAAGCCAGAGAACCAGCAGCCGGAACAAGAGGGCUGCGGUCGCGCCAGAGAGCGGCCGAAGCUCUCCCGCAGGAUCGUCCUCGCCCUCCUCCAGCUCCUCGUCCUCGUACUCCUCGGAGCUCUCUGGAGGUGAGGACGUUUCAUCCCAGCCCAGCCCCAGAGGCAGUGACUCUCCUGUCUACUGUGUCAUGAGCACCAUCCCUCACAUUGAGGAGGAGCCUGGAGGAUUAUCGCAGGAGGACUGCGAUGGCAGCGGGACAUCUGGAGCAGUCCAGGCCCUGACAGAGGUUGCAAGGGGCCUGGGCAUGGACGUGGUGUGAUUCCUCCUCGCUGCGCUGCACCAUGCAUCCAUCACAGGCACUCUUGUAACUGUUAGGCAAUGACAUUGGUUUGCCUCUUGUAUUUUUGCUGUGUAGCUGCCAGUGAAGACUGGAAUAGUUCCUAUCCAAAGCUUUCUCGUGUUCUCCAGUGUUUUAUAGAGUGGCGUUACAUUGAGAUGGAUAUCUCUGCACUGGUUUUGGAGACAUUUUCAUUAUAGCAACUCUUAUUAACUCUAACGCCUCAGCUUGGCUUUGUGACGUCGCUCGUCUAUGGGAUUGCCUGUUAAUCCUGUUAAUGUUUCUGACAAAGCGUACAUGAACGAGAUGAGUUGAAAGCACUACCAAGCUAGUUCUAUGAAAUGUUGUUCUUUACACACCACGUUCCAUUGUCCGUGAUAUUUCCAUGAUGUUGCCUGACAGAAGAUUUUUAGAAGACAUUAUUUUUUUAGCGUAGCCUUGGAAUGACGCUUAAUUUUAUUGUUACAAUACAUUUUUGAUACAAAAGCAA